CAUUAGUUUACAAAAUGAGAUUAGCACCAGUUAUUACUCUGUGUGUACUUGGAGUGAUAUUCAAAGAUGUGAUUGCGCUGCCAUGUCUGUCCACGGAUACAAAGACAAAGUUUGAAGCAACCAGAAAAGCAUUGACAGAUCUUGGAAAAAACAUAAAAAAUAAAAUAAAAAAGUUAGAUGACGACAUGGAAUCAUUAGUUACAGAUUUUAAAAAAAAACAAUGGUAUAAACACAAUGGACAUUGUUACUACUUUGGAAGCGAAAAACUUUCUUGGUUUAAAUCAGAGCAACAAUGCAAACAGAUUGGAGGACACUUAGCAAAAAUAGAUGAUUCAACCGAAAACAAAUGGAUAUUUGACACAAGACCAAAAAAAGAUCACUACUGGAUGGGACUUACUGACCUAAAAGAAGGGGAAUUCCGUUGGAGUUAUGACCAGACAUUAGCGUCCUUUACAUCAUGGUACAGCGGUUGGGGUAAGAAAGGUACAACUCAUAACUGCGGACUGAUGUAUCACGGCACCUAUACAUGGAUAGAUUAUCCUUGCGCAAAUGAAUACUAUUAUGUAUGUGAAAGUCAUUUCUGCUACUGAUGUGUGAAAUGAAGACCUGCUGCAUCCAAUGAAGAAUUAAUAAAAUUCUGCAAUA